CCGUGCGCCCAACCCGCAUGCAUAGCGCUCCAGAACGAAGACACAGACGAGGACGCGAUCGUCAUCACCGCACUCACCGCGGUCCCCUUCUGCUGCCACGCCGACCUCGUCACCAUGAACCACGCCGCGCUCCUCACCGUCGCGAGCACGCUCAACGAGAAGCUCCCGCGCGCGAUGCAAAUCGACAUCAGCGCCUCGCGCUCGGACGCGUUCGUCCGCAACUCCAUCGAGCUCCUCGUC